UCCUUCUAACAACUACAUUCUAGCAUCUACCAUAGAGGCAGGGGAGAUCCCCCUCCCCCCAACCUUUGAAAGAUGGAGCCCGACUAUUUCAUAGGGAGCGGCAGCGGCAGUGGCGGAGGGGUCCACUCUGGGACCAUUAUUGGAGACUGGGAGGACCGAGGAGCGGAUGAAGAAUAUGCCGAAGCGGAGGACGAUGCCGAGGUGCAACAGGAAUGUCUGGCGAAACUAUCCAGCCGCGACUACAUCAUGGAGCCGGCUAUAUUUAACACCUUAAAGAGGUAUUUCCAGGCAGGUGGAUCUCCAGAGAACGUCAUUCAGCUCCUGUCCGAAAACUACACUGCGGUAGCCCAGACUGUGAACCUGUUGGCGGAAUGGCUCAUCCAUUCAGGAGUGGAGCCCAUACAAGUCCAGGAGACAGUGGAAAACCACUUGAAAAGUUUGUUAAUUAAACAUUUUGAACCGAGAAAAGCAGAUUCCAUAUUUACAGAGGAAGGAGAGACUCCCGCAUGGCUGGAGCAAAUGAUUGCCCACACCACAUGGAGGGACCUGUUUUACAAGCUUGCUGAGGCGCAUCCAGACUGUCUGAUGCUGAACUUUACUGUGAAGCUCAUCUCGGAUGCUGGGUAUCAGGCGGAAAUCACCAGUGUCUCCACAGCUUGCCAGCAGCUGGAGGUCUUCUCCAGAGUGCUUCGUACAUCACUAGCCACCAUCCUUGAUGGAGGAGAGGAGAACCUUGAGAAAAACCUCCCUGAGUUUGCUAAAAUGGUUUGCCAUGGAGAGCACACCUAUCUGUUUGCACAAGCAAUCAUGUCUAUAUUGGCACAGGAGGAGCAGGGAGGAUCUGCCAUGCGCAGGAUUGCACAGGAGGUGCAAAGAUUUGCUCACGAAAAAGGCCAUGAUGCCAGUCAGAUAACUCUUGCAUUGGGAACUGCGGCAUCUUACCCUCGGGCUUGUCAGGCACUCGGUGCUAUGCUAUCCAAAGGAGCAUUGAACCCAGCCGACAUUACUGUCCUGUACAAGAUGUUUACCAGCAUGGACUCCCCCCCUGUAGAGUUGAUCCGUGUUCCUGCCUUCCUGGAUCUUUUCAUGCAGUCACUCUUCAAACCUGGUGCUAAGAUAAACCAAGACCACAAACAUAAAUACAUUCAUAUAUUGGCUUAUGCUGCCAGCGUGGUGGAGACGUGGAAAAAGAAUAAGCGAGUGAAUAUUAAUAAGGAUGAACUGAAGCCCACAUCUAAAGCGAUAGAGACUGUCCAUAAUCUGUGCUGCAACGAGAACAAGGGCGCAUCUGAGCUUGUAGCCGAGCUUGGCACAUUGUAUCAGUGUAUCAGGUACCCAGUGGUGGCAAUGGGUGUUCUGAAGUGGGUCGACUGGACGGUAUCAGAACCUCGUUAUUUCCAGUUACAGACAGAUCAUACUCCUGUACACCUGGCCCUGCUGGACGAGAUCAGCACUUGUCACCAGCUCCUCCACCCGCAAGUCCUGCAGCUGCUUAUUAAGCUGUUUGAGACGGAGCACUCGCAGCUGGAUGUCAUGGAGCAGCUGGAGCUGAAGAAGACCCUGUUGGACCGAAUGGUUCACCUGUUGAGUCGAGGGUAUGUGCUGCCGGUUGUCACUUACAUCCGCAGAUGUCUCGAGAAACUAGACACCGAUAUCUCUCUAAUCCGAUACUUUGUGACAGAGGUCCUGGAUGUCAUUGCGCCUCCAUAUACCUCAGACUUUGUGCAGCUUUUCCUUCCCAUCCUAGAGAACGAAAGUAUAGCUGGCACCAUUAAAACAGAGGGAGAACAUGAUCCUGUGACAGAGUUCAUAGCUCACUGCAAAUCCAAAUUCAUCAUGAUAAACUAACCAGCUGGAGAGAACCCAGUCCUGGACGUGGAGUGAGGGGCAACUUCUCUCUGUUUUGUUUUAGUUUUGUUUUUCCCCUAAUUUGUAUAUAUAGCACCCCCCUACAUUUUAAGAAGUUUUGGGAUUAUUUUUAUGAAAUAUAAAAUAUUAUUUUA